UUUUGGAUUUUGAACUUUUUUCCAUUUUUAUUGUACCACUUGUGCACUCGCUAAUACUAUCUACAUCAAACCUUCUCUCUCUCUCUCUCUCUUUCCCUUUGUCUCUCAUUCAUCCCUACCCAGACUUCCCACCUAAUACCUACUCAUUCCCUUUGCCCAGUGCAUGGAUAGUUUAAUCAUCCCCUUCUUUCUCUUGUUUCCUUCCUCCUCUCAUUUCCGCUCACCUUUUCUCAUCCCCAAUCUUUUUAGUUCUGACCCUUUCUUUUAUUUUUUUUCUCCCUCCCUCUUCUCCCCUCUCAUCAUUCCCUCCCUUCAUUCCCAAUGCAUGGCUCAGACAAUCAUUCUCCUUUGAGUCAUCUCUCUCCCCAGUCCGCCUUUGCACUCUGAUAUCUCCCCCCCCCCCAGCUCUGACAGACGCACUCCCCUCACAGAAGAGGGGAACACAGUGAGCCUCUUAGCUGGCAUGGCGUGUGACUGCCCUUGCGUCAGUAGUGUGCCAUGUUGUACAGGACAUUAUGUGCAUUUGCUCUAGUAGAUGUGAUGCUCCUAUAGGGCUGGAGCUCUUUGCAAUGUAACUGUCCCUUUAAAAAAGGAGAAAGCUUCUCACAAUCUACUUCUGGACAAAAGGCGCUGGGAUCUGACUGCUUGACUCCAGUUCAAGAGACAGGGAGACAGAGAGCACAGAAAGAAGGGGGAAGAGGAGACCCUGCCACAAAAGAGAGGUCUUAAUGAAAUAGCAAUCCAGGGAACAGUCGUGAUUUCGACAUGCCUUUCCAUGUGGAGGGGCUGAUAGCUAUAAUUGUAUUCUAUCUGGCAAUCCUGUUUGUUGGAAUAUGGGCUGCCUGGAAAACCAAAAAUAGUGGCAGUGAUGGAGAUCGCAGAGAAGCUAUCAUAGUCGGUGGAAGAGAUAUAGGCUUGCUAGUUGGUGGAUUUACGAUGACCGCCACCUGGGUUGGAGGAGGCUAUAUCAAUGGGACAGCAGAAGCUGUGUAUGUCCCAGGCUAUGGGCUGGCUUGGGCUCAGGCACCCAUUGGCUAUUCCCUUAGUCUGGUUUUAGGUGGUCUAUUUUUUGCAAAACCCAUGCGUUCCAAAGGCUAUGUGACAAUGUUAGACCCAUUUCAACAGCUUUAUGGAAAAAGAAUGGGAGGGCUCCUGUUUAUACCGGCUCUAAUGGGAGAGAUGUUUUGGGCCGCAGCCAUCUUCUCUGCGUUAGGUGCCACCAUAAGUGUGAUCAUUGAUAUUGAUGUCAAUAUUUCAGUGAUUGUUUCUGCCCUGAUUGCAAUUAUGUACACUCUGGUGGGUGGACUAUACUCAGUGGCCUAUACUGAUGUGGUUCAGCUCUUCUGCAUCUUCCUGGGGCUGUGGAUCAGUGUUCCUUUUGCAAUGUCACAUCCUGCAGUUAAAAACAUUGGAUUCACAGCUGCACAGAAAGAGUCUUGGCUUGGAUCCAUUGAAUCACUUGAUGUCUACUCAUGGCUUGACAAUUUCUUUUUACUGAUGUUGGGAGGAAUCCCAUGGCAAGCAUAUUUUCAGCGAGUUCUUUCUUCUUCAUCUGCCACAUAUGCUCAAGUAUUAUCCUUUCUGGCUGCUUUUGGCUGUCUUGUGAUGGCCCUUCCUGCAAUACUCAUUGGUGCAAUAGGAGCAUCAACAGAUUGGAACAAGACUAUGUAUGGUUUACCAGACCCCACAGAGAGGCAAGAAGCAGAUAUGAUUUUACCAAUUGUGCUUCAAUAUCUUUGUCCUGUCUAUAUUUCUUUCUUUGGUCUUGGUGCAGUAUCUGCUGCUGUAAUGUCAUCAGCUGACUCUUCAAUCUUAUCAGCGAGUUCUAUGUUUGCUCGAAACAUUUACCAACUUUCAUUUCGACAAAAUGCUUCAGAUAGGGAAAUAAUUUGGGUCAUGCGAAUCACUAUUUUUGUCUUUGGAGCAUCAGCAACAGCAAUGGCACUGCUAGCUAAGUCAGUUUAUGGACUCUGGUAUCUCAGUUCUGAUCUUGUUUACAUCAUCAUCUUCCCUCAACUCUUAUGUGUGUUAUUUAUCAAAGGAACCAACACUUAUGGUGCCAUUGCAGGAUAUUUGUUUGGCCUCCUUCUCAGAAUUACUGGAGGAGAACCAUACCUUUACCUUCAGCCCUUGAUCUUCUAUCCUGGUUACUACGCAGAUAAAAAUCAUAUAUACAUCCAACGCUUCCCAUUUAAAACACUUGCUAUGCUCACCUCCUUCUUCACUAAUAUUGCAGUCUCCUACCUAGCAAAAUAUUUAUUUGAAAGUGGUUCUUUGCCACCAAAAUUAGACUUCCUUGAUGCUGUUGUUGCGAGGUACAGUCAAGAAAACAUGGACAAAGCAACUCUUGUAAAAAGUGACAAUAUUAUAUUAAAUGAGCUUGCACCUGUGAAGCCUCGGCACAGUCUGACUCUGAACUCAACUUUCACAAACAAGGAGGCCUUCAGUGACAUUGAUUCAAGUCCAGAGCUAUCCAAUGCUGAAGAUAACUUAGUGACCAACACAAAAUGAAAUUCUGCUUUCACAUAAAAUGCAGUGCAACAGGGUAUCCCAUGAAGAAUGGUAAGAGGCAUUUUAGCAGAAGAAAAACAGGAUCCGGAAUAAAAUGCCACUGCACAAUUCUUUAAAUCACUUUCUAUGAGAGUGGGAAUCUGUGGAAUAAACUGUUGUAUUUUAUUAUCAAACUUGUUACGUUGGGUUAUAGAAUCUCAAACAAAGACAAAUUCUGCAUCUCCCCCCAUGCAAACAGAUCUUGAUACUACAGAAUUUAAUAAACAUAUAAAACACAAAAUAUAAGUAACAAAAACAGUGAAAAUUAUUCAGGUCAGCCAGUAUAUAAAGAUACUUGACAUUUGUAUUCAGUCAUCUGUGAGAUUAUGAUAUGGUCACUAAAAUAAUGAGCAGUCAGCAUUAUAUUGGCACUAAUUGAAAAAUAUGUGGUCACUACUGUAAGUGAUUCAUUGCUAAUUAUCAGGUAGCUUGAACAAGAAGUAAUAAUUAACAACCUGUCUUGCUUUUCUUAUAACAAAUUUUGUAAAAAUACAUCCAGUAUUUUAUUAUUUCUACUAAAGUAAUUAAGUGUGUGAUUAACAAUAAGUUCCUUAUAGGAGGGUUAAAUGUAUUAUACUUACAAAAGGUUCAAAAAGAUAUCAGGUUUCAGAGUAGCAGCCAUGUUAGUCUGUAUUCACAAAAAGAAAAGGAGUACUUGUGGCACCUUAGAGACUAACAAAUUUAUUAGAGCAUAAGCUUUUGUGAGCUACUGCUUAUGCUUAAAUAAAUUUGUUAGUCUCUAAGGUGCUACAAGUACUCCUAUUCUUUUUUAAAAGAUAUCACUAUUUUAAAGUGGUGUUAUCUUAUACAAUAUGCAAGAUAAACUUAAACAAAAUAUAUUACUACAGACGCCUUUCCUUUCUAUCUCUGAGUGGCUGUCACCAAGAGAGGAUAAAAAACUUGUUUAUAAAAAAAAAAUUAAAGCAAUAAAUUGAGUUGAAAAUUAAGCUCUAGGUGAAGUAAUGGGAAUUUAUGCUUUGUAGAGGUAAAUACAGUUUUGCCAUUGUGAAAAAAGAAACAAUUUCUUUGCUCAGUGUCAAAAUAAAUAUUGGACAUAAACAGUCUGCUGGUGUGGAAAUAUAACAGUGCAGAGUCCAUUAAUAGUAGGGGGAAUCAAGAGGGCUGGAUGGAAGAUGGGGGUGCGGAUUCUGUAGAAAAUUUUGACUUUUCAUCAAAAACAAAAUGUUUUCAAACAAAAAAAUGCAAUCUAUUUUAUUUUGGGGUUUGCUGUGAAAAGUCUAAAUAGUCUAUGGAAAGUGGACAUGUGGAAAAAUUCACUUUGUUGAAAACUGAAAUUGGGCUUCUGACUGCUCAGCCCCCUGGCACUGAAAACUAAGAAAGAAUAAAAUUGCAGCCACUUGACCAUAUCUUAGAUGUCUGUGCUGUUCUCAGUGGUACUGGUCCUUCCCAAUGGGAGGCCUAAUAACUAAAUUGCUCUACAAUGAAGAGUUAUACUCCAGUAAUUUUCCAAUGAUCCUUGUAAAAUUAACAGAUGACAGAAAAGUGUAAAACUGAAAUUCAUAUUUCCUUAUGUUUUGAUUACUGGUGACAGUUUCUUAUUAACAUUCAUGAAACUAUGAAUUAUAGCAGAGAACAGAAAAUGAAAGAAUACGUUUUGCUGCUAAAGGAAGAAGCCAUCAACUUUUGCAUUAGUGUCAACGUAACUUUCACAGGGUUGAUCCUUAAAUUUUUUUGCUACUUUUGUGGAGUUUUAAUUCUAUAUGUAUAUUAUGUAUGUACAUAAAAUUCAUUUUAGAAAUGUUAAUGUUUUUUCCAAAAGUCAUAUUUCAAAAAUAACACUGCAUCUCAGCUCUGAAUGUGCACCUUAUGAACUGCAGUACUAGAUUUAAAAAAAAAGUCAAGCUCUAAGGACUGUAGAUCAAAACUAGAUCUCCUUCAAAUGCACACAUGGCCCAAUACACAGUAGAAAUGCCAAGUUUCUACUCUCUGAGUGAGUGGAAGAGCAGAUUCAGACCACUUAGGGGGCUCCAAAACCAACUGCAUGCACAGUGGCAUUCUCCAUUGGACCAUAUAGAAAGGGAAGGAGAAGUUGCUGGGGUCUGGCCAGUGAGUCUAUGCACAGCUUAGAACUGCUAGUCCAAAGCCCCCCAUUCGAUGGCACAGUGAACCAUGCCUUUACUUGCAGCCAUAAUGCAGUGCCCUAGUUCCAGGAUGAGUAUGAAGACUCCAUCUGGCAAUGAUUUGUAAAUGAACCAUGCAAAGCCUUGAUACUUUGGCUCUGUAUAGGGGAAAUCAGGAUCUCAUCCUUCAGGCUAAAUACUAACACCUUCCAUGGACUUGGAAGGCCUGAACAUAGCAGAACUACUGAAGAUCUGCUAGUUCAUGGGGACAACCUGCAGUGAAGCUGUACUGAGGGCAGGGCUGAGCAGAGGAUGGAGAUUCCAUUUCACAAACUGGUUUUAUUCCAAAUUGCAAUGAAACAACUUCUAAAUUCUCAGCUAAAGGAGGUUACAAAAAAAACAGUUUGGAUUGAUUGAAACAUUUUGCUUAGUCACAAUCAUUAUUUCAAUUUUGACUUUUUAAAUUAUAUAUUACAUUACAGAAUUUAAAAAAUUCAAAAUGAAGUGUUGUUUCAUAAUAAAAAUCAAAGUGUUUCAUUCCAAAAAUAUUGAAACAGGAUGUUUCAACAUUAUCAAAACUUUUUAUUUGUGGUUUAUCUCCUAAGUGAAAUUUCACUGAAACCAACACAAAUGUGUUUCAGUUUCAACAGCACUGCAUUCUCUGAUGGAAAAUGGUUCUAUCAAAGUUUUCCCAACCUGUCCUAAAUGGGGGAUUCCACAUAUGUUGCUCUCUGAGUAGCAUUACUCCAUGGCAUCACUAUUGCAGUAGAAGAGAGAGGUUCUGGAACAAUUUGUAUAGUGGGGUGCUAAGAGCCAUUGAAUCAAAUUUCAGAGUAGCA